AUGAAGGCCCUGAAGGCCCAGUUGUGCGGGCUUUUGAUUGAGGGACCUCUGGAGCCUGGACAUUGCCUACUUGAUGUUGCAGCAAAUAUGCUUCAGUUGAGUGAGAUCCGAUAUAUCCCGCCUGAGCGUUGUGUGUCCAGAACAAACGAGGUCCUCGACCAGAAAUCACCGUCGAAACAAAUCGACAUUGCAGCUGAAAGUUUGGUGGUCAAAGAGAAAACGGAAGUGCCAGAUAUGGUGGCAACAUCUGCCCUCCAGGUGCAGGAGGCACUGCAGAGAAGGGGGAUUGCCCAAGUCUUUGCGGAAUUGGCGCAGCACAAUUUAUACUUCAGAUAUUUGACUUCUCUCUUCGAACACCUUCACCGUGAACCUCCGCCUGGGUAUAACAGAUGUUCGGUCAGCCAACUAGUGGCUGCAGACAAGUUGGUAUGGCAAAUCCUGCUUGAGGAGGGCGUCCAACCGAAAAGAAGCCAGGCGGGAACACUUGCGCUUGACACCAAGUUGCUGGAGACUUUGGAGAGUUUCAGGGUAUCCUUUAGCUUGUUGCCACUUCUUGCAAAGAAGGAAGGAACAGGCAACAUCCAGAAGAAGAUCAAGCCACUCCAUUCUGGCUUUGGUGGAAAAGGCGCACCAGCAGGAAGAAACAAGCCUUGGCUGAAAUCCAAGGGAGGCAAAAAGGGUGCGAAGUCAAAGCAGAGAGUUCCGGUUCAUAUUUUCAAUCUGGGAGGCACAGCAGCCAAUCCAGAAGGGGAGCCAAUAUGCUUCGGAAUCAAUUCAGAAGGUGGAUGUGCAGACGCAGCAGAAGGGUUCAAUUUUGAUGUGAGCUUGCAUGAGCCUGCAACGGACGAAACCAUUCAGGAUGCUCACAGUUUUUCAUCGUCAGAUUCUUCCAGCCGCGAGCCUAGUGAACAUGAAACCAAUCAGUUUUGUCAUCCCGAAAGUCAAAGUUUGCUGGAUGGAAGUAACAUUUCAUUUUCUGAUUUGCAAAUUGAGCGCCCUGUUGUCAUCGAGAUCUUUUGUGGAAGCGCUCGAGUAACUGCCAGAUUGAGAGAGGGAUUGAUGGGGCUCACUGGGAAGAAUUUUCAAAGGGUUUCUGCAGCAAACAAGUUGUAUGACUUUGUGGCGCAUAUUAUCAAAGAGGCGGUCGAGCUGAAACUCGUGGUUGCUGUUGAAAAUCCACGCUCGUCUUUGUUUUGGAUGACGAGGUUCUGGAAAUCUGUUUCGGGCUUCUUUGGUUACACAGCACACCAAGCGUGCGCAUAUGCGUAUCCAAAGGGUUUGGCAAGGGCUAUUGCUAGGGUCUUUGCAGAAGAAUACUUCCAACAUACUGAAGAGGCAUCAUUGCAGGUUAUGCGAACGGUGUCCAACAUUCAGCCACAGGUGGCAAAGAUGCCACCUGUUGCCAGGGAACACAAACAAAUUGUUGUGGUGCGAGGCUCUUUGGUAGACUUGAGUCGUGCCCCAGUGGGGCCCAUGCAACGGUUGAAAUCUGUUUACACUCUUCCAGAAACUUGCAAUUUUUAUUUUUCUGUUUUACCUGAAGGUGCACAGCUUUUACGUGCCACACCUUCACUUUGCUGGGCGGGCUCUGGUGGCGCACCGGGUUCUCAGCUGACGCCGUGGACGCCGCGGCUCUUUGCGUGGCAGGCGUGGCACUUGGUGGCAGGCGUGGCACUUGAGGCACUUUGCGUAACAGGCAGGGCAAUUGGUGACAUCCACCUUCACUUUGCGUGGCAGGCGUGGCACUUUACGGCGUGGCACUAG